CGGUCAUGUGAUCAGCUGUGUCCAAUCACAGCUGAUCACAUGGGACAUGUAUACUGAUCAUCAGGGCACUGAUGAUCAGUGUGCCCUGGUGAUCAGUGUAGCCCCAGCAGUGCCACCUGUCAGUAUCCAUCAGUGCCUUGUGUCAGUGCUCAUCAGUGCUUCAUGCCAGUGCCACAUCAAUGCCACAUAUCAGUGCCUACCAGUGCACAUCAAUGCCACAUAUCAGUGCCCAUCUGAGCUGCCUUUCAGUGUCACCCAUCAGUGCCAGUCAGUGCCGCUUAUCAACGCCAAUCAGUGCCACCUAUCAGUGCCAGUCAGU